UUAGGCCAUAUAGGUUAAUAAACAAAUAAUCUUAUAGUUAUUACCUGUAGGCAAGAAGAUUGAAGGAAUCCCUGCGGUGAUUGUUUGAGCUCCUCCACGUUAUCCAAGAUGCUGAUCAGAAAAGGAACCUGGAGUCUUUAUCUUCCGAUUAAAGAACCCCCAAAGCCGUCAAAAUGGUUACCAAUCAACAAAGUUGUGAAGAUCAUCAUCAGUGCCAGUGCACUCAUCAUGAUUUCAGUUGUUUGCUGCACAGUGUACCUGAAUUGGACACCGGAUUCUGUCAUCAAACUGGACAUGGCACGGGAUCCUGUCAUCAAACUGGACAUGGCACGGGAUCCUGUCAUCAAACUGGACGUGGCACCAGAUCCUGUCAUCAAACUGGACGAGGCACCGGAUUCUGUCAUCAAACUGGACAUGGCACGGGAUCCUGUCAUCAAACUGGACAUGGCACCGGAUUCUGUUGAUGACCAAUUUAUAGGCUGCGAGAACAAAACGUACAACCUGAUUAGAGCCAAGAUUCUACCGCAAGAGUUAAACUCGAAUAAAAAGUUUAAAGAAGUUUGGGAAAAUUACCCAAAUGCUCCUGAUAAUUUCACACGAAUAAUAAAAGUCUACACAAAUAACAGUGAUCUUUAUUCAUGGCUCAAUAGUAAUGUGAGCUCAGGCAGAAAUACUUAUAAAAGUAAUUUCCGCUAUAAAGCCUUUCAUUUCUUGCUGACACGUGCCAUACAAAUGCGCAAAGGAAAUAAGUGUACUAAUGUUUUCCGUAGAACCAGCGUUCAUUUUGAGAAAAAGGUUCUUGGCCAUGAAAUGCGAUUUGGUAGGUUUGCAUCGACUUCACUUAAAAACUUAUAUAAAUUUGGCAACAUCUCCUGUUUUAAAAUUAAGACAUGCUUUGGUGCAGAUAUAUCCAAAAUUUCUGUGUUCCCGGAUGAAAAAGAGGUUCUAGUCCCACCAUAUGAAAAAUUCAAAAUCACAAAUAUUACAAAAAAUCAGAUGAACUGUAAUGUCCUUUACACUCUUGAGAGCACUGGCGAGUGUAGUAACAUGAACUGUGAGCUGGUGAAAUAAAAUAAAUGUAUCUGUCGAAGUAAAUUAUGGAUAGUAAUUGUGUUGAUAUUAUUAUAGUUGUAGCACCACUGCUAACAUGGCUGCGUAGUUCAGUAGAUGAUGUAAUAUUUUCUAAGACCGUAUUGUUGUCAAAUGCAUUUUUUUUUUGUCAUUGCAUUAUAACAUUGCUCAAAAUAAUCACAUUAUUGUUUGAGCGGAAU